UAUGGGAAUGGACAUUCUCAGUUCCAAAUGGCACACAUACAAAUGCACUUUGGAACAUAGCAUGUUACCUCAAGGUUCCAUGGGGCCAGGCAGUGGGCACUGAGACUGGCAGGCAGUCCCCAGACUGGUGAGUGGCUGAGCCUUUUUGAGAGGUGAAUGAACGUAAGCCAAGACACCCAGUCUGAGGAGCUGCUGAGUCACCAACAGAGACCAGCUCCAGCCAGCCAGUGAACAAUUGAUGCCCUCUGCUCACAUGGCCCCCCUGGGCCUGUGCCAUGCUGGUCACUGUGUACUGUGUUCAGAGGGACCUCUCCGAGCUAACUUUCUCCCUCCGGGUCCGCCCUGACUUUGAGCUCCGCAAUUUCCGAGUCCUCUGUGAGCUCGAGUCUGGCAUCCCUGCUGAAGAGACCCAGAUUUUCUACAUGGAGAGGCUCCUCGCUGACGACCACGCUUCUCUGGGCUCCUAUGGCCUCAAAGACGGCGAUGUGGUUGUUUUACUUCAGAAGGAGAAUGUAGGACCUCAGCCUUCAGGUCGCUUGUCGAACCUGCCUCUGGUAGAUCUCACUGGGGUCGCCACGCCUGGGACAUCCAGCUCCCGGCAGCAGCAGCGGGCACAUUCAUCCCGGCAGUCCCAUGGCCUAGGCUCUGGAGAGAUGACAUCUGCUCAAGGCCUUGGCAGCCCUGCCUUGAUUCGAAGCAUGCUGCUCUCCAAUCCCCAUGAUCUGUCUUUGCUGAAGGUACGCAAUCCUCCAUUGGCGGGAGCCUUGCUCAGUGGAAACCUUGAGACAUUUUCUCAGGUCCUGAUGGAUCAGCAAAGGGAAAGUGUCCUGAGAGAGCAAGAGAGGCUUCACCUCUACUGUGCUGACCCAUGUGAUUUGGAAGCUCAGGCCAAAAUAGAAGAAGAAAUCCGGCAGCAAAACAUCGAGGAAAACAUGAAUAUAGCUAUAGAAGUGGCUCCAGAGAGUUUUGGACAAGUGGCCAUGCUCUAUAUCAACUGCAAAGUGAAUGGACAUCCUUUGAAGGCUUUUGUUGACUCAGGGGCUCAGAUGACUAUUAUGAGCCAAGCCUGUGCUGAGAGAUGUAACAUAAUCCGGCUGGUGGACCGAAGAUGGGCUGGGGUUGCUAAAGGGGUGGGCACACAGAGAAUCAUGGGCCGAGUUCAUCUAGCUCAGAUUCAAAUCGAGGGCGAUUUCUUACAAUGCUCUUUCUCUAUCCUCGAGGAGCAGCCCAUGGACAUGCUUCUAGGGCUAGAUGUGCUCAGGAGACACCAGUGUUGCAUUGACUUGAAGAAAAACGUGCUGGUGAUCGGCACCACUGGCACGCAGACUCACUUUCUUCCUGAGGGAGAGUUGCCCCCAUGUGCUAAGCUGGUAAGUGGUACUGGGCAAGAGGAGUCUUCAGGCAAGGAUGGCAGAUACUAUUAAAAAUUUGGUCACUGAUUUAGGAUGAAAAGAGCAUCGAAACAGGUCAUGAAUAAGCCACCAACUUGAGGGAAUCUAGGUUUUGGGAAGUUAUAAACUGUGAGCUCACUGGCAAUGUAACCAUUAAAAACAUCAGUAACAACUAAACCUGGCCUUGGGAUCAAGUUCACAGAUCUGUACGUAUGCAAAUCGUGACCGCCUGAUUUUGGCCCUGCUUCUUUUCCCUCACCAUAGAUCACUGAACCUCAUCCUAGGGAGGCAGUAGAGGCUCCAACUGAUUUGCAAAUAAUCAGUGAAAGAAAAAGCACCCUCUUCCUUUGCAGGA